CCGCAUCCCGUCUGCAGACGUUUGUCUUCCCCCUAAGUUCGGUCUUUCGUGUUGGGUCUUGCUCUUCGCUCUCGGUCGGAUCUCUGACAUGGAGGAAAUGCUGUCAUUCAGGGAUGUGGCCAUUGAUUUCUCUGCAGAGGAAUGGGAAUGCCUGGACCUUGCUCAGUGGAAUUUAUACAGGGAUGUGAUGUUGGAGAAUUACAGCAACCUUGUAUUCUUGGGUCUUGCUUCCUGUAAGCCAUACCUGGUCACAUUUCUGGAACAAAGACAAGGGCCUUCAGAUGUGAAAAGACAAACAGCAGCUGCCGUGCACCCAGGGGGAACACCCUAUAAAUGUCAAGAAUUUGACAAGGCCUUUGAUUGGAACUCACUCCUUAUUCAACACCAGAGAAUUCAUCCUGUGGAGAAACCCUACAAGUGUGAAGAAUGUGGGAAGGUCUUUAGUGCUCACUCAGCACUUUCUAUACACCAGAGAAUUCAUACAGGAGAGAAACCCUACAAGUGUGAGGAAUGUGGCAAGGCCUUCAGUACUCGCUCAGCACUUUACAUACACAAGAAAAUUCAUUCUGGAGAAAAGCCCUACAAGUGUGAGGAAUGUGCAAAAGCGUUUUAUUUCCCUUCAUUACUUAAGCAACAUCAAAGAACUCAUUCUGCAGAGAAUCUCUGCAAGUGUGAAGAGUGUGGCAAAGCAUUUUAUUUACCUUCAUUCCUUAAGCAACAUCAAAGAAUUCAUUCUGCAGAAAAUCCUUACAGGUGUGAAGAAUGUGGUAAAGCCUUUUCCUACCCCUCAACCCUAAAGCAACAUCAAAGAAUUCAUUCUGGAGAGAAACCAUACCGUUGUGAAGAAUGUGGCAAAGCAUUCCGUAGAUCUACAUACUUUCACCAACACCAAAGAAUUCAUACUGGAGAGAAACCCUACCAGUGUGAAGAAUGUGGUAAAACGUUUUACUAUCGUUCAAACCUGAAGGGGCAUCAAAUUAUCCAUUCUGGAGUGAAACCCUACAAGUGUGAAGUAUGUGGUAGCAUGUUUAGAACUAGCUCAGACCUUUCCAAGCACCAGAGAAUUCAUGCUGAGGUGAAACUCUACAGCUGUGAGGAAUGUGGAAAAGCCUUUUCUACUCAUUCAUACCUCAUUCGACACAAAUUAGGCCAUUCUAGAGAGAAACCAUACAAAUGUGAAGAAUGUGGCAAAACAUUUUGUUAUCCUUCAAUCCUUAAGGAACAUCAAAGAAUUCAUUCUGGAGUGAAACCAUACAGUUGUGAAAUAUGUGGCAGUAUGUUUAGAACUCGCUCAGAACUUUCUAAACACCAAAGAAUUCAUGCUGAAGUGAAACUCUACAAUUGUGAGGAAUGUGGAAAAGCCUUUUCUACUCAUUCAUACCUUAUGAGGCACAGACUUGGUCAUUCUGGAGAGAAACCCUACAAAUGUGAAGAAUGUGGGAAAUCAUAUAGCUACCCUUCACUACUUAAGGAACAUCAGAGAAUUCAUUCUCAAAAUCCCUACAAGUGUGAAGUGUGUGGGAAGGUCUUUUGUACUCGAUCAGGACGUUCUAAACACCAGAGAAUUCAUAGUGGAGAGAAACCCUACAAGUGUGAAGAAUGUGGAAAAGCUUUUUCUACUCAUUCAUACCUUACUCUGCACAAAUUACUCCAUAAUGAAGAGAAACCUUACAAAUGGGAAGAAUGUGGCGAAGUAUUUUAUACUUGCUGAAGACUUAGCUAACACCAGUAAAUUCACACUGGAGAGAAACCCCACAAAUGUAAAUAAUGUGUCAAAACUUUACUGUACUUCAGGCUUUGAACAACACCAAAAAAUUCAUUCUGAAGAGAAACCUUACCUUUAUUAAUCUUUAAGUCUUUAUUAAACACGAGGUACUUCCUACUGUAGAGAAACCUUACAGAUAUGAAGAAAGUGGCAAAAUGUUUUACUGUACUUCAAACUUUAAGAAACAUCAAAGGGCUCAUUCUCAAGAGAAUCCCUUCAAGUGUGAAGUAUGUGACAAGGUAUUGUGUGGUACCUUGAACUUUGUCUAAGAGAGUAUUUAUUCUGGAGAGAAACUUUACAAGUGUAAAGAAUUUGGAAAAUCCUUUUUAACUCAUUCAUCCCUGAUUCUGGCAGAGUUUGGAGUGUUUGCUUUUGGGGUUGUGGUCAGACCUGUUGAUUAUGGUAAGAACCGUCUGUUUUGAACUAGGAUCCUGGAUUGUAUAAAAGGAGAAAACGAACUGAGAACAACCAUCUGUCUUCCUUUGCUUCCUGACUGUUGAGACAUGAGCAGCUGCUUCAGGUGCUGCUGCCCGUUCUCACCAUGAUUCACAGUGUCAUGGUUUGAAUGAGAAAUGUUCCCUGUAGUCUUAGGCAUUUGAACAUUUGUUCCCUGAGUUGGUGGCCCUAUUUGGGGAGGUUAGGAGUAGGUCACUGGAGGUGAACUUUGAGAAUAAAAAGCUCCCUCUGCAUCCAGUUUGCUCUCUGCUUCCUGCUGCCAUUGAGGACGGGAAUGCUCAGCUUCCUGCUUCAGCCACCAUGCAGCUUGCUGCCAUCUUCUCCCUCUGUCCCAGACUUUGACCCCUUCUGUACCAUAAAGUCAAGUCAAGUCAUUCCUCUAUAAGUUGCCUUGGUCAUGGUGUUUAAUCACAGCAGAAAAGUAACUAAUAAAAGCAUUGCCUGUGUACAAUGAGCAAUAUUAAACUGUUUCUCCAGACAU